UGAAGUGCGUGUUGCUACACGAUGGCGUUAGCGCAAACCAUCAACUUGACCUCCAACCCGGCACUCGACUGUUACGAUGAAGAGUUCAACAGGAAUCUGCAGCUCGCCAAGAAUCUCAUCGUGCAGCUCAAAAGGAAGCAAGAUCGCGAGAUUUGCAGCAAGUGGAUUGCGAAGUUGUGCGAUCUGAAGUCGACCGAUCCGAGCGUGAAGAAGAACCGCAACCAGUUCUUCAAGUACAUGUUGACCGUCCUCCAUAAAGGCAUCGACGACGCCCCGCAUCACCAUCACGGAUAUCCGCAAAUCAGCGAGAAGCACGGGGCAAUUGGUGACAAGAUGCCGGGCAAGAGUUACAUGAGCCGUUGGAGCCCCGAUCGAAGGACGUACGUGGCGGUGAAGCCGAUGCCCGGACGAGGUGCGCUCGUCUACAUGGCGGUCUCCAAAAACCCCGAGCUCGGAUGGGAGUACCACAAGUGAUGUGCACGAUAUAUAUUAUCCACCAUCACAGACUAAUCCACUUACCUUAAAAAUUUAUGUACACGCCAAGUCUCUUUUUCGACGAUAAAUUACGUUAAUUCUAGAGAUAGGCCC